AUGGCUUCGCCCACCAACGAAACGUCUCUGGAAAUAAACGUCGACCUUGACGUCGGCCUCCUAAUUGGCGAUGUUGUCGAGGCUUCCAGGAUCCCCGCAAAACGGCGAGCAAUCAAUAUCAAGCCCACUGUCGAGAAAGUCGCGUCACACGCUUUUGAAAAUGGCCUGCUUCCCGAACCCCUGAGCGAACUCAUUGACCUGCUCACGAGGCCAAGCUUGUUGGACCAGGCAAGCUUGAAUGCUCUGCUCAAGAACCUCUACCCUGCCACUCGACUAUCCAGUGAUAUCGUCUUGAGGGUUGUAGGAUGCCUGGGCCACGGCGAAUUGAAGCCUUCGCUGGUCCUGCAGUCGAAUGUCCUGAAAUGGCUGAUCAUGGCAUACCAUAUUAUCGAGAAGCCCGCCAUCCUGUCGCAAGCAUAUGCCGUUCUGUUUAACUUGCUCGACACGGCAGCCAUACGACCGCAACUUUGCCAUCUGCUCGCCUUGAUCACACGCAGAAAACAUGUCCGGCCCUUCAGGAUCCAAGCUGUCCUCAACCUUUCCAGACAAACAGGCAAUGAUCCCGCACUGACGGGCCUCCUUCGGGUUUUCAAAGACUACUAUCCCGAAAUUAUCGUCAGCGAUGCGCUAAGGGGCAGAGCCUCAGCUUUCAAACACCCCGACGUGGAAUGGCGCCAAAGGCUAAGCCAGAUCCAACGAGACCAUUCUCAACGGACCGCCGAAGCAGCCGGCCAACCCCAGAACGGCUUCAGCGUCAAUCACCAGGCUCUCAGGGCCCGCGGCAACAAGUCGUCAAAUCUUCCUCCUGUCUACACUUCGGAGGCCACAGAGACCUCAGUCACCCUGGAAGAAAUUGACAGUGCCGAUCGCCUUGCCCAGACAGUUGAGAAGAUUGAGCUGCCUAAUCAGCUCGCGGCUGUGCUAGCGGAUCCCCUUCUCCAGAAAUUCGUCUCCCUAAAGAAAGAUGAUGCCGCUUCGAAACGUGUGGUCCACUGGAUCGAUGCCGUCCUCGAAGACGUGCUCAACGGCAACGCCGAUUACAAGUCGUUUAUGGAAACGAUGGAAAUGCUGGAGGAAUACGUGGCCCGUGUCAAAGAAACUCCACCGGCCGUCUUACAAUUCCUGACGAAAUUGUUCACGACAUGGAAUGGCAUCGAUGCUCGGGAUUCCAUCCUCGGCAUUCUUCAAUACGCGCCUCUCGUGGCGUUUGAUGGCAAGCGGUCCAUUCUCGAGUUGUACAAGGUAAUUCUGAAGCCCCUGGAAAAGUGUCUUCCUCCAACAGCCGAGUCUCAGCUGGCACUGCUCAAACUCUACCAAAACCUCCUCCGCCGCUGGACCUUUGUUCUCGUCUCGCUCAACGAGAUCCCCAAGGACGCCCCCGUCAGUGUAUUUCACGAAGUCAUGGAGCACGCAGGCAUUGUCGCCCUAAGCCUCGUCCAAGCCUCAUCCAGUGCCGCUGUCCACGGCGGUGUCCUCGACCUUUAUGAGCAGGCCGCCGCCAGCAUCUCCGAUCCUACCCUUCAGCCACUCCUCCGCAUCGCCAAUCCGCCGGCUCAGCUCAUCUACCUUCUCUUCUUCAGCCACUCCCUAGCCAACGUAUCGCGCCUGUGCACCGUCCUGGCCAUAUACAAAAAGGGCUUCGAGAUGGCCAUGUCUAGGCGGCAGCCGACGACGUACGCCCCGAGCUAUGUGAACCAUUUCAACGGGUUCCUUAUGGACAUCUGCAACUGCCUCUGGCGCGGCAAGGCCUUCAACGACGGCGAUAAGAACGCUCUCGGUUGCCUCAGUGCGCGUCCCGUCACCCUGCGGCUGCGCAGAUAUGUCGAAGACCUGGGCAUGGACCUCGCGCUGCCAACGCUGUUUGGGUUCUCCUACUCGCCCUUGCUGAGCUUGCAGGCCUUGGAGUGUGUUCGAGAGCUGGAGGACCGUGAGCUGGCUGCGAACGAGGACGCCAUCUCUACACGACACGCGGGGCCGGUGACGUCGAAUAGUCUGGCGAGAUUGGCAGACGCCAGGGGCCUACGCAUCACGUGGUCCGAGUAUAGGAUCAUUGUGCUACGAGCAUUGGAGGGUAAGGGGUUGGGCGGCAUACCCUCGUUGAUGAAGAAUACGAUGAAGGUCCUUAUGAGCUCUAAGAAUGCCAUAUAG